UGACAUUUGGCAUGGUGAAUCCCGUGAUGUACUACCAGACCAAGGUAAUCAGUGAAUUGUUCUUAGACACACCUUUCACUGACACUCGAAACAACGUGAGGGGUUCUACACAGCUUUUGGACUUCUGGAGGUUUGUGGAUUAUGUGAUGUUGGACAGUCUGUACUGGGAAACUUGGUACAAUAACAAUGCUACAGACAUCGAGGAUCGAAAUAUUCUCUACGAAAAUCGACUUCUGGGUACUCCGAGGCUUCGGCAGCUAAGAGUAAGGAACGAUUCUUGUAAUAUUCACGAAAACUUCAAGGAAACUAUAUCGAAGUGUUAUGACGUUUAUUCACCUGACGUCGAGGAUACGGAACCUUUUGGCUUACUGAACGGAACAGCAUGGACCUAUCACACAGAGAAGGAGAUGAAUGGCUCUAGUCACUGGGGUUUGUUGGCCACGUACAGCGGAGCAGGAUCAUAUGCUGACCUAGGAACUAACAGGUCUCAGGCUGCAGCUGUCAUGCAGGAACUUGGAGAAAACUUAUGGAUUACACGAGCAACUCGAGCUAUAUUUCUAGACUUCACCACUUAUAAUGCUAACAUCAAUCUUUUUUGUGUUGCAAAGAUUGUGUUUGAGUUCCCAGCCACAGGUGGAAUGAUCCCUUCCUGGAGCUUUCGGACCGUGAAGUUACUGCGAUACGUGAGCGCUUUUGAUUACUUUGUUUUGGCUUGCGAAUGUAUCUUCUCCUUUUUCAUCAUUUACUACGUCGUCGAAGAAUUUAUUGAGAUUAAACAUAACAGUUGCAAGUACUUCAGGUCAAUCUGGAAUUUACUGGAUAUUCUUGUAAUCUCGAUUUCUCUGGUGUGUAUAGCUUUCAGUGCCUUCAGAGCUCUAACAGUUGAGGGUAUGAUGGAAAGACUGCUUGAGAACCCAGAUGUGUUUGCCGAUUUCGAGUUUCUUGGGUUUUGGCAAACCCAAUUUAACAGUGCUGCUGCCGUAACCGUUUUCUUUGCUUGGAUUAAGAUCUUCAAGUACAUUAGUUUUAACAAGACCAUGACUCAACUUUCUUCAACUCUGUCACGAUGUUCUAAAGACAUUGCUGGUUUCGGAAUCAUGUUCUGUAUUGUAUUCCUCGCCUAUGCUCAGUUGGGUUUCUUACUGUUUGGGACGCAAAUUCAAGAUUUCAAUAAGUUCAUCAAAGCCAUCUUUACUUUACUACGUAUCAUUCUUGGAGACUUCGACUUCCACGUGAUUGAGACAGCCAACAGAAUAAUUGGUCCAACCUUCUUCAUCACUUAUGUAUUUUUUGUGUUCUUUGUCUUAUUGAAUAUGUUCUUGGCAAUAAUCAACGAAACUUAUGCCGAAGUCAAAGCCGAGAUUUCAAGCCAAAAAAACGAAUUUGAAAUUGCUGACUUCUUGAAACGAGAAUACAACAAUCUCAUGGGCAGAGUAGGGAAGCGUGACAAAAUCAUUGAUAUACAGAGUGCUCUUAAACUUGCUGACCAAGACAGUAAUAUGAAGCUUUCGUUCGACGAAAUUCAACGUGCCCUAAAACAGCAAAAUUUCACGGAUAUGGAGAUUGAGAUGCUGUUUGCUAAGUAUGACCGAAAAGGAAACCGGGAAUUAGAUGCCAAUGAAACAAAAGAAAUGCUGGCUGAUUUGGAAGGUGAGAAAACUCGUCUCGAUACACUAAUUCAGAGAGAGCAGGAAGAGGGUAACUAUCCAUCUGAUGCCCGGGGCGGAGAGGUAUCCAUAACGAUGCUUAAUGGACUUGCUGGACGGGUGGAUAAAAUGGAACGUUCUGUUGGAAAUAUUGUUGCCAAAAUUGAAACAAUGAUUAAAAAAAUGGACGCCAUGGAAAACGCCAAGGCAAAGAGGAGGAACAACAUGAAAAAAAUUUUGGCUACUAUUAACGAGAGUGAAGAACUGGACGACAAGUUCAAGCGGGUGCAGAUAGAGAAACUGCUACGCGAAGAAUUACAACGUUGGGAUUCUGAGGCAUCUCUAAAAACCCUUGAUAAACGUAAUAAAUAUUAACGUGACUGUCUGUGGACCUGGAUUUUCUAGGAACAAAGACUCCUCGGUAUCAAUGUGUGUGUGUGUGUGUGUGCUAAAACCUAUUUAAGAUCCCUUUCUCUUGAACUGUGUUGUAAUAUGAAAAGUCCUGGGGAUUGUACCUAAGAGCAUUCUGUUUGCUACUUUUAUGUACAAUCUAAAAAUAUUACGAUUUAUAC